AUGAAGAAAACUAUUGCUACCAAAGUCAUGGGCUCUGACUCCUCCACUGCCCUUUGGCGUAACCUUGAUGCGUUGUAUGGUGCCUAUUCUAAAUCUCGGGCAGAUGAGACUCGCACGAAGAUACAGACUACUCACAAAGGCUCGUCUUCCAUGGCCGACUAUUUGUGUCUCAAACGUCAAUGGGUUGAUACUUUGUCUCUCGCAGGUGACCCAUAUCCUAAUUCUCAACUUAUUGUCAAUGUCUUUUCUGGUUUGGAUAUGGAAUAUCUUUUUGUCAUUUUGCAAGUUGAGGCUCUCUUUUAUACUUCUUGGCCUGAGCUGCAGGAUCUAUUACUCGGUUUUGACAGCAAGAUGGAACGUCUUGUUGUUCUCUUUGGUUCCACAGUGGCUUCACCUCAAGAUUUGCUGGUUCACACACCUCCUUCAUCUUCUCCACACAAACGUUCUGCUUCCCAGUUGCCUUCUGGUUUCUCACGGGGUUCUUCUCCAAACCGCGGAGGGGGAGGAAGUCAGUCAUGUGGCAGAGGAGGUCGUUUUAGUAGUCGGUUUAAUUCUUAG